UCUGGGCAGCAGGGCUGGAGAGACCGCCGGGGAGCAUAGUCGCCAGUCCAGCACGGAGACUCGCCUGGCCAAAGACUGCGCCGCACACUCGUCAGGAUUGCCAAACAUUCCUGAAAAAUAUACCUGCUAUUUAUGGCAUGUGGCUUGUAACUUUACUCCUGCUGUACUCUCUCCAGGAAGUACACAGUGAGGAUGUGGGCUCUACCAGGCUGUACUUUGUGAACGCGUCCCUCCAGAGGCUGACCUACUCCAGCUCGGUGGGGGUGUCUCUGCCCUGUCCGGCGGGCGGCACCCCCACCGCCAUCCUGCGCUGGUACCUGGCCACCGGCGAUGACAUCUACGACGUGCCCCACAUCCGUCAUGUCCAUGCCAAUGGCACCCUCCAACUCUACCCCUUCUCUCCCUCCGCCUUCAACUCCUACAUCCACGACAACGACUACUUCUGCACCGCAGAGAACCAGGCUGGCAAGAUCCGCAGCCCCAACAUCAGAGUCAAAGCUGUGUUCAGGGAGCCGUACACGGUGCGGGUGGCAGACCAGCGCUCCAUGCGGGGCAACGUGGCCGUGUUCAAGUGCCUCAUUCCCACCGCCGUGCAGGAGUACGUCAGCGUGGUGUCCUGGGAGAGAGACACCGUUUCCAUCAUCCCAGCUAACAGGUUCUUCCUGACAUCCUUUGGUGCUCUGUACAUCUCAGAUGUCCAGAAAGAGGAUGCCCUCUCCACCUACCGCUGCAUCACCAAGCACAAAUACAGUGGAGAGACACGCCAGAGCAAUGGAGCCAGGCUGUCUGUCAUGGACCCCACAGAGUCGUCUCCCUCUAUCCUGGACAGUUUCCUAGCGGGGGAGGUGCGGGCGGGUCUGAGUGUGGAGCUUCCCUGCAUUGCAGCAGGGUACCCCAGCCCCACAGUGCGCUGGCUGAAGGACGGCCGCCCACUGCCUUCCGAUGCCCACUGGACGCGGCGCCUCACGGGUCUGACCAUCAGUGACCUCAGGCAGGAGGACAGCGGCAGCUACGCCUGUGAGGUCACCAACAGCUUCGGCUCCAAGGAGGUGUCCGGAGCACUUUAUGUCAUAGACCCCCUGCGAGUGACCCUUUCUCCCAAGAGCCUAAAGACGGGCAUCAGCAGUACCCUGUUCUUUACCUGUGCUGUGGAGGGUUCUCCAGAGUACACAGUGGCCUGGUACAGGAACACAGACCCUAUAAUCCCAGAUCAGCACAUCUCUAUCCAGGGCCCCCACAACGACACCCUGCAGAUCACAGCGGCUCAGAAGAGCCACUCUGGGGCCUACCAGUGCUUCGCCUCCCGCAAGGGCCACACUGCCCAGGACUUCUCUAUCAUACUGCUGGAGGAUGGUACUCCUCGUAUCGUGUCGUCCUUCAGUGAGCGCGUGGUCGCCCCCGGGGAGCCUUUCUCCCUGAUGUGUGGCGCCAAAGGAGCCCCACCCCCUUCCAUCACCUGGACGCUGGACGACGAGCCUGUGGUGCAAGACUCCGCCUACAAGACAAGCCAGUACACCCUAUCAGACGGCCUGACCGUGUCACAUGUCAACGUCAGCAGCCCGGCCAUCCGCGACGGGGGAGUGUAUCGCUGCGCCGCACGCAACUCGGCCGGUAGCGCCGAGUACCAAGCGCGCAUAAACGUAAGAGGUUCUCCUAGGAUCAGGGAGAUGCGUGACAUCACGGCUGUAGCUGGAAGGAACACCUUUAUAACCUGUCGUGUGAUUGGUUACCCAUACUACUCUAUCAAGUGGUUUAAGGACGGCAUGCUGCUGCCUGACAACCAUCGGCAGGUUGUGUAUGAGAAUGGAACCCUGAGGCUGAGUGAUGUGCAGAAGGGCAUGGACGAGGGUACCUACCUGUGUAGUGUGCUCAUACAGCCACAGACCUCCAUCGACCAGACUGUCCACGUCACUGUGAAAGUGCCGCCCCUGAUCCAGCCCUUUGACAUCCCUUCCACGUCGGUGGGAAAGCUGAUGUACAUCGCCUGCGUGGUGUCGUCAGGUGACAUGCCUAUCCGCAUCACCUGGCACAAAGAUGGGCAGCUUAUCGUGCCUGGCUCCGCCUCCGGCGUUGGCAUAGAGACCAAGGAGUUCAUGAGCUCCCUGCAGAUCUCCAAGGUGACCCUGAAGCACAACGGCAACUACACCUGCAUUGCUAGCAACGCCGCAGCAACCGUCAGCUGGGAGAGACAACUGAUCGUCACCGUUCCCCCUCGCUUCGUGGUACAGCCUAACAACCAGGAUGGGAUCUAUGGGAAGGCAGGAGUACUCAACUGCUCUGUGGAGGGAUACCCUCCUCCCAAAGUCAUGUGGAAACACGCCAAAGGUAUAGGGAACCCCCAGCAGUACCACCCUGUGCCUCUGACUGGUCGGAUCCAGAUCAUGGGGAACGGCUCCCUGCUGAUCCGUCACGUCCUGGAGGACGACCGAGGAUACUACCUCUGUCAGGCCUCCAACGGAGUGGGCUCUGACAUCAGCAAGAGCAUGGUUCUUACUGUCAAGAUUCCAGCCAUGAUCACGUCACACCCCAACACCACCAUGGCCAUCAAGGGCCAGGUGAAGGAGCUGAACUGCACAGCGCGGGGCGAGCAGCCCAUCAUCAUCCGCUGGGAGAGGGGCGACACCGUCAUCGACGCCGAGAGGAACCCCCGCUACUCCAUCACCAUCAACAAGAAAGGGGACGAGGUCAUCUCCACGCUCAAGCUGAAGCCAGCGGAGCGCGGGGACUCAGUCUUCUUCUCCUGCCACGCCAUCAACUCAUACGGAGAGGGGCGAGGACUCAUCCAGCUUACCGUGCAAGAGCCUCCUGACCCUCCUGAGUUGGAGGUGAGAGAGGUGAAGGACCGCAGUAUGAACCUGCGCUGGAUCCAGAGGUUCGACGGCAACAGCAUCAUCACCAGCUACGACAUCGAGUAUAAGAACAAGUCUGAUACUUGGGAUCACAAGUACACUACCAGGAACAUCUCCCCCACUAACAACCAGGCUAACAUCGUGGAGCUGCACCCUGCCUGUGUCUACAGCAUCCGCAUGUACUCCUUCAACAAGAUCGGACGCAGCCAGCCUAGCAAGGAGCUCACCAUCAGCACUGAGGAAGCACAACCUGAUGGGCCCCCUAUGGACGUGAUCCUCCAGCCAAUGACGUCGCAGAGCAUACGGGUCACAUGGAGGGCCCCCAGGAAGGAGCUUCAGAACGGGGUGAUCCGGGGCUACCAGAUUGGUUACCGUGAGAACGGGCCGGGCAGUAACGGCCAGUACAGCAUUGUGGAGAUGAAGGCCACAGGGGACAGCGAGGUGUACACUCUGGACAACCUGAAGAAGUUUGCCCAGUAUGGAGUGGUGGUCCAGGCCUUCAACAGGGCUGGUACUGGCCCCUCUAGCACUGAGAUCAACGCUACCACACUGGAGGAUGUGCCCAGCCAGCCACCCCAGAACGUGCGGGCCAUCUCGGUGACGUCAGACGAGGCGGUGAUCACAUGGGCGGAGCCCCCGCGUCUGACGCUGCAUGGCGUGCUGAAGGGCUACCGCGUAGUGUUCUGGUCCCUCUUUCCUGACGGAGGUGGGUGCUGUGGGGGCCAGGCACAGGGGCCGAUGCAGAAAUGGGGAGAGAUGCAGAACAUCACUACAACUCGUGAGCAGGUGGAGCUGAGAGGGCUGGAGAAGUUCACUAACUACAGUGUCCAGGUGCUGGCCUACACACAGGCUGGGGACGGGGUCAGGAGCAAUGUCCUGUACAUCCAAACCCGCGAGGACCUCCCAGGUCCUCCAGCUGGUAUCAAAGCCGUGCCCUCAUCUCCCAGCAGUGUGGUCGUGUCCUGGCUACCCCCCCAUAAACCCAAUGGUGUCAUCCGCAAGUACACCAUCUACUGCUCCAGCCCAGGCUCCGGACAGCCGGCUCCCAGUGAGUAUGAGACCAACCCAGAGAUGUUGUUCUACAGGAUCACCCAUCUGACCCGCGGUAAACAGUACCUCAUCUGGGCCGCCGCUGUGACAACCGCUGGCCGCGGCAACAUCAGCGAAAAGGUCACCGUGGAGCCUGCUGGGAAAGCCCCAGCUAAGAUCCUGUCGUUCGGGGGCACAGUGACCACUCCCUGGAUGAAGGAGAUCUGUUUGCCUUGCAGCUCAGUGGGAGAACCCACCCCCACCUUCAAAUGGACCAAAGACAGUGAGUACACGGCUAUUCCUGUGACUGUGGAUGGACAGCGUCAGAUCCUGUCCAAUGGUACUCUAGUGCUACGUUCCGUCAAAGCUGAGGAUUCUGGGUACUACACGUGCACGGCCACCAACACGCUGGGCUUUGACACCAUCAUUGUCAACCUGCUGGUGCAAGUUCCUCCAGACCAGCCCCGUCUGACCGUCUCCACCACCUCUACCUCUUCCAUCACCCUGGCCUGGAUACCAGGGGACAACGGAGGCAGCUCCAUCAGAGGUUUUGUCCUGCAGUACUCGGUAGACAACACAGAGGAGUGGAGGGAUGUGUUCAUUACUUCCACUGAGCGUUCCUUCAGGCUGGACAACCUGCGCUGUGGCACCUGGUACAAGGUCAAACUGGCAGCCAAGAACAGUGUGGGUUCAGGACGCAUCUCUGAGAUCAUCGAGGCCAAGACGCACGGACGAGAGCCUGCGUUCAACAAGGAGCAGCCCCUGCUCACCCACAUCAACUCCACCCACGCGGGGCUCAACCUGCAGGGCUGGACCAGCGGCGGCUGCCCCAUCACCGCUCUGCUGCUGGACUUCCGGCCCAAGGGCACGUGGGCCUGGCAGAGCCUGAAGGCCAACGCCACAGCCCAGCUCUUCCUCAGCGAGCUGCGGGAGGCCACCUGGUACGAACUGAAGAUGAAGGCCUGCAACAGUGCCGGCUGUGGGAACCAGAGCUCCCAGUUCGCCACCACAGACUACGAUGGCAGUACCAUCCCUCCUAUAAACUCGGCCCAGGAGGACAGAGAUGAUGUGAAGAAGCUGUUCUCCAUAGGCUCUCCUGUCAUCCUGGUCACCCUGGGCGUCGCCCUGCUCUUCAUCAUCCGCAAGAAACGCAAGGAGAAGAGACUGAAACGACUCAGAGAUGCUAAGAGCCUUGCAGAGAUGCUUAUCAGUAAGAACAACCGCAGCAUGGACACCCCAGUGAAGGGUCCUCCCCAGGGCCCCCGGCUCCACAUCGACAUACCCCGUGUCCAGCUGCUGAUCGAGGACAAGGAGGGGAUCAAACAGAUAGGUGAGGACAAGGCAGUGGCCCCAGUGACGGACAGCGAGUUCAGCCAAUCGGUGAAUCCACAGAGCUUCUGCACGGGCGUGUCUCUGCACCACCCCGCCCUCAUCCAGAACACAGGGCCAUUGAUUGACAUGUCAGACAUCCGCCCUGGAACCAACCCAGUGUCGAGGAAGAGUGUGAAGUCAGCCCACAGCUCCAGGAACCGUUACUCCAGCCAGUGGACCUUAAGCAGGCCGGGCCAGAGCCAAUCAACAGCCUCCGCAAGAACUCUGACCUCUGACUGGCGCACCAUGGGCUCUCACGGCAUCACCGCCACCGAGAGUGACAGCUACAGCGCCAGCCUGUCGCAGGACACUGAUAAGGGUCGUAACAGCAUGGUGUCCACAGAGAGUGCGUCGUCUACGUACGAGGAGCUAGCGCGGGCCUACGAACACGCCAAACUGGAGGAGCACCUGCAGCAUGCCAAGUUCACCAUCACAGAAUGUUUCAUCUCCGACAGCUCCUCUGAUCAGAUGACCACUGGCACCAACGACCCGGCCGACAGCAUGACAUCACUCAGCACGCCGUCCGAAACAGGCCUUUGUCGCUUCACCGCCUCGCCACCCAAACCCCAAGACUAUGACCGCGGCAGACCUACCAAUGUGGCCGUGCCCAUCCCCCACCGCGCCAACAAGAGUGAAUUCUGCAACCUCCCACUCUACAUGAAGACAGACCCUUUCUUCAGGAAACAGGCAGAACUGCAUGACCCGUGCCCUGCUGUACCGCCCCGGGAGGCCUCCAUCCGCAGCCUGGCACAGCGGGCGUACCACACCCAGGGCCGUCACAUGACUCUGGACCCGUCCAAGCAGCAGGCCCUGACGCUGGGACACUCUGGGCUGGCCAGCCUGGGUGUGAGCUCAGGUACUGCCACCCUGCCCCAGAGGACUCUCACUAUGCCCAGCUCCAACCCUGCAGCCACAGCCUCCACCUCCAGCACCAGCAGUAAUCCCACUGGCUCCAGCACCAAGAUGGGGGGCUCCAGAGACUCACUGCUAGAGAACAGCUCCUCAGCAUUGGGCAGACUGCAGAAGCAAGGGGUCGGGGCCUACUCCAAGUCUUACACACUGGUGUAGCUACUAGCCCCCCUUCUCUCUCUCAAAGACUAUACACUCCUGUCUGGCCCGGCCCCACACCAGUGUUCUACACAUCAGGUCAGGGUGGGUAUGUAGUGCAGUGCAGUGCAGCAGGUGUCCCCAGCUAACAGCUAACUACUGUAACAGCUAAUUACCCAGUAGCUUGAGUAGUCUUUAUUCUGACCUUGGGUUCUGCCUCCCAGGAAUGACCAGAGACCAUUGUAACCUGCCUGAUUCAUGCUCACCUGGACCUGUAUAAAACAAACUACUAUCUACUGACUACCAGUUAGCCUGCUGCCAUGCUAGCAUGCUGCUCAGUAUCCGGGGACGUAUCCACACACACACACACACACACACACACACACACACACACACACACACACACACACACACACAGACAGAGGAAGACCUGGAGCUGUUCUCCAAGGUCAUUUCAAACCAAUUGAGUAUUACUGAGGAGCUGAAUGGUGAAAGCUCACUGCUCGUGCUGAUGAAGUCAAUGAUAGCAGAGGAGUCUGGGCUAAAAGCAGUGUUGAUCACACACACAUACAUUAUGCUGCCCUCCAUGGUUUGAGCAGAAGCUCCUGCAGGACUUCCAGUUUUAUCCCCUCUAGUCUCGUCUCACUCUCUAUGUCUCCACGUCCAGUCUCACUCUCCAUCGGCAGUUACUCUCUCUCUCUCUCUGUGGAUUCCAUAAGGAAGGGUUUCAGGUUCACCUCACUCAGAAUUUUAAGUUCGUAUUUUUAGCACAUUUAUUGUUGAUAUGUCCCACCCUCCCCUCCUCUUUCCCAACUCAACAUUAUCCAAUAGCUUUUGUCCGAAACAUGACAACCCAAAUAACCCAGCAAUGAUUUGAAAACAUCAGGGCUCUCGCAAUACAAACAAAUAUAGAAUAUUUGGUAUUUUAAAGAUUUUACGUAUAUAUUUCUAUAUAAGUAUAUUAUGUCAUUAAAGUGAAAUUAUGGCAAAGAAUAAAACUAUACAACCAUUUAAAUGUUUUAAAAACUAUAAGAAUGAGACAAUCGCUCAAUCAUGUGAAGAGCAGGGAAAAUGAAAGAGGAGGAAAGAAUAGAAGAGUAUUAUGAAGAGGGAGGAGCACGUGUAUAUAGAGGGUGUUCUUUAUGUUAGACAGGCUGAGAGGAAUGAGGUGACUUCCUUUUCAGACAGGAAGUGUCUAUCUCAAAGCCCCCUAUUAGUUAGUAUCUUAUGAGAUCGUCAGUGAUUGGUUGGUGUACUUACUUUCAGAAGCCAAAUCAUUUCCUCUGAAGACGGGUGUAUCCAGGGCGACCUACACUGUUGACACUGUUGUCUAUCAUCUCUCUGCUUUCGUUCACCUGUUACUUGAGUAAACAGAGGCCAUUACCUCUCAGGGCCUCAGGUAUGGGCAUUUGACCUUUGACCUGUGGUAGCAGCGGGGUUACAGAGUCACUGUGAGUGGAGCAGAAGUCAGGGAUCAGAGCACGGCUACUGUACCCACAGCUAGCUACCACACAGAGUGUACACCAGUAGCCCUGUGACGUCUACCAACCUCUCAGCCGAUGUAUUACUGUCUCCCUCCUUCCAAUACAAAAUGGCCGCAAAGACACCAAGGAGGAUAAUCAUGUGAAGUAAGUUAAUUGUCUAGUUUACCAGAGAGACGUUACCAGCCAGUAACAGUUUGAAUUCAGUUUGAAUAUGAUAAGAUGAUGUGCAGUCAGUGGUCUAUUGGUGUCUCUGUUGCUGCCCUGUCUGAAGUACUGUAUAUUUCCCACUUCUUUCUCCAUCCCCAAUAUCCAUGUCCAUCCUCAUCCCCUGCACCAUUUUGUGCUACUACAUGUACAUCAAAACAGGAACUUGUUGGAAUGUCUAUUGAAGUAUUGCCAUUCAAGUGUUGUGUCGUUUCUUUUGUUUUUGGAUUAUUUGUCCAUCUGUUGAUUUUUAAUUGAAUAUGUUUGUUUUUGCUUGUUUAUUUAUUUGUAUUUUUUGGGUUCCAGAGGCCAGACAGUACUGAGGCAUAACACACCUAUGAUUUCGGCCAGCUUUAACCAAGUCAAAUCAGGGACUAGCUCUUUAGGUCACACCAGAGCCAUGUAUUUAGAAAGCAGGGCCAAUGCGGUUUCUGCAUUAUGAUGCAUUUACAUGACACUUCAACAUUCUAUGGCAGCCAUGUUAGCUCCCUAUUAACAUCACAUGGGGAAUAUUUUUAGCAAUGCUAUGUAACUGAAUGUCUAGAAUUCUAAAAGUUGUUUGAACUCUCUAUAUACAGUGGGGAGAACAAGUAUUUGAUAACCUGCAAA